ACCAUUUCGUUUUGUUUCCCGGUGCAGUAAGAGCAGAGUUUACAGAGGAAAAGAAGAAGAAAGAGAGAGGAAGCCAUGAACGCCCCCGACCGUUACGAGAGAUUCGUCGUCCCUGAGGGAACCAAAAAGGUUUCUUACGAGAGAGACACCAAGAUAAUAAAUGCAGCGACUUUCACUAUCGAGAGAGAAGACCACACCAUCGGCAACAUUCUCCGAAUGCAAUUGCAUAGAGAUGAGAACGUUUUGUUUGCUGGUUACAAGCUUCCUCACCCUCUUCAGUAUAAAAUCCUUGUUAGGAUUCACACGACCAGUCAGUCUUCUCCGAUGCAAGCGUAUAAUCAGGCUAUCAAUGACUUGGAUAAGGAACUUGAUCAUUUGAAGAAUGCAUUUGAGAAUGAGGUAGCAAAGCAUGCAAGGGACUUCUAAUGCAUGUUGGGGACUUGGAGGAGCUCCGUUAACCGUGCUUUUGUGUUUUGACUUGAAAAGGAAAUGAACGAAUACCUUUGAGACAUUUUUCUCAUUUGCAGUUGUGAUGCAAUUAAAAGCUGCAAUGCAUGUUAGGAAGCUUUGUAAUGACACUAUUAUGAAGUCUGUCUCAAAACUGUUCAAGAAACAAACCUUAUCCUUUCUGUUUUUAAUGUUUUUGUAACCAAGAUGAUUGCCUGGGAAAUAAGGCAAGUAAAGGUAUCAAGAAUAAGAAUAUCAUGAUUAGGGAUUUAAA